AUGGCUUGGAAGUAUCACAGAAAGACAGAGUAAUUUUAUCUUAGAAUAUAUAAGUAUUAUCAGGCUCAUUAGCAGAUCGAGAUUAUCGAUGACAUUGCUGCAGACAUGGAUUCAAAUUUAAAUGAUGGAGAUGCUUAUUCGGGAAAGCAUGAGGAGGAGAAAAAAUCAAGGGAUUCAAUCAAUCGUCUGAACCAAGAAUACUAAGGCUAAAAUUCAAAUCUCAACACAAGUCCGGGUCGUGAUCAUCAUGGGGAUAACGAAAAUCACAGUAAUUGGUAGAAUCUAUUCGGAGAAAACAUAGAAAAUUUCUAGCACAAGUUGUCUGAUAUGUCCCAUAAGGGAAAACAGCACUUGCAAGCAUUUAUCGGUCAUAUUAAAAAGGCACCUCAUUACAUCGUUGAUAAUGAGUAUAUUCAAAGGGGUUAUCGCAUUAACUUCAACAGCAAAAGCAGUUUGUGCAAAUCUUUAUUUAUGCUUCAUAAUGAAUCAGUUAAUGUUUGGAGUCACCUGAUCGGAGUUGGAUGCUUCAUUGGUCUGCUUAUCUACACCCUUAUUUAUUUGAGUCCUCUAGCGAGUUACUUCUCGAUCUCCUCUUCAGUGCCUGAUCGUGAAUCUAUGAUAGAUCAGGGUAGAAUGCAGGUAAAUUUGCAUUCAGACCUUAGUUCAAUCGAAGACUUUGAAACUUUAUGUGAUAAGUUUCUUAAUAUAACAGUAAACACACAAUCUAUUUCUGCUUUGGACUCCUUUGAGCUCUGGGCUAAAGCUUGGAGAUACGAAAUCGACUAUCAUUCAAAUAUUCAAACUGGUGGAAUGCAUAUAUAAGAUCAGGAAUAAUCAAAGUACUGGCACAUCGAGGGUUAUCUUUUAGAUAUCAUGCAUGUUAUCUCGGGAGUGCCUUACAAGAUAUCCCAGGAAUCAUUUGUUAAAUCAGUGAUCAAUUUGGUCAAUCAGCUAUCUUCCCAACUAAAUGACUAGGUAAUUAAUUAUUUGAAAUAAAUGAUUACUUUGAUUCAAGAUAAGGCGUCAUUGUGGUCUGAAUAAGUAUCAAGCCAAAUAUAAAAGAAUAAAAACUCUACUUUAUCAGACUGGUUGGUGCUUGGACCUGUGAUUUAAGAUCCAGUCCAAGUUAAGUUUUAUGUGACUAAGAUCCCUCUCUUUCUUCAUAUUGCUGGGGCAAUUUCAUGUCUUGGUUGCUCUGCAAUUUUCCAUUUGUUUAAAGAUCAUAGCUAACAUUUGGGUGAAUUCCUAGUUAGACUAGAUUAUGCAGGUAUCAGUCUUAUGAUCGCAGGAAUUUGGAGAAAUUUCUAUAUGACUUGCCAAAGUCUGUCUUGUUUCCUUGUUUUUGUUUGCUCUCUUUGGUCUAAGUUUGAUAAGCCUUAAUUCAGAGUGUUGAGAGGAACUCUUUUUGUAAUCCUAGGACUAGUUGCAGUAGCACCCUUCACUCAUAUCAUACAAUUCAUGGAGCCAGAGUAUUUGCCACACUUCGACAGCUUUUGGUGGGUUUUUGGAGCAUUUUUAUACAUUUUUGGUGCAGUUAUUUACAUGUUGAGAGUGCCUGAAAGAUUCUUCCCUAAUAAGUUUGACUUCUUUGUAAAUUUACAAUAUUGUUUUAUGUUACUUUUACAGGGAUCCUCGCAUUAGAUAUUCCACUUAUGCAUUCUUGCAGCUGCACUUGGCCACUAUUACGCUGCCCUACUUUGCUUCCAUAACAGACAAUAUUCUCCUUGCCCUAAUGAAUUCAUUGAUAACAUUGAAUGA